AUGUUAGGUCUUUUCUUGGAAACACACAGUGGAAUUUCUCCGUCUCCAUCCAUAUCAUCACCACAAACUAAUGUGGAAACCACACCUACACCUACACCCCAAUCUACUUUUUCUCGAGAAGAACCAAAUGAAGAAGCACCACAAUUGGAGUCAUUCUCUGAGCCAGUGACGGAUGAUCACAACAGUUCUAAUGAUCACGUGGCGUCAUCGUUACCGUCAACGUCGACUGUGCGUGAAGUUGUUGUUCGAACACCGGGAGUCGGCGUUGUAAGAAAAUUGUCUGCACCGUGUAAUAUAGUUUAUAGGCAAGCUAAUACACCUUCAAAGCCAGGAACACCGAUAAGAACAACAAAGCAAGUCAGGUAAUG